AUGAAAAUCGAUUUAAGACCUACAAAUGUUAUUGUAGAUGCGCCAAAUAAUUUAGAUUUAGAAGCUUAUAUUGCAAACUAUACAGGACACACAAAAGUUGAUCGAUUACUUUUUAUUGCAUCAAGAUGUCUAGCACUACAGAUUGACGCAUAUAAGCUUGCAAUACAAGAACUUAGAAACUCUUUGGAUACAAAUCAAUAUCUUUAUGCAGCCUCGAAAUUUAAUGAAGUUUUAGCAUCGAGAGGACUUCUUUUGUAUCAGGUUGAUAGUUCAUGGGUUGAUUCAACACAAAAACUUGCAAAACAACGAUUGGAAAAAAUGGAAUUGGAAUUGAAAAAUUAUAAGAAUAACUUGAUUAAAGAGAGUAUAAGAAUGGGACAUAAUGAUCUUGGAGACCAUCAUUAUAGAUGUGGAAAUUUGAAAAAUGCAUUAAAAAGUUAUUCUAGGACUAGGGAUUAUUGUACAACAGCUAAGCAUGUUAUAGACAUGUGUUUAAAUGUCAUCAAGGUUUCUAUUGAACUUGAUAAUUUUUCACAUGUCCAUAGUUAUGUUAUUAAAGCAGAGUCAACGCCUGACAUUCAACCGGCAGUACAAGCAAAACUUAAAGUAGCGGCAGCAUUGGCUAAUCUUGAUAAUUGCAAAUACAAACAUGCAGCAAGAUCAUUUUUAGAAACAAGUUUUGAAAUAGCCAGCGGACCAAAUAAUUAUUCGGAGGUAAUUUCACCAAAUGAUAUUGCAGUGUAUGGUGGGUUAUGUGCUCUUGCAUCAUUUGAGCGAGCCGAAUUAAAAAGCAAAGUGAUUGAUAACACCGAGUUUAAACAAUUCUUGGAGCUUGAACCACAUAUUCGAGAACUUAUUAAUAGUUUUUAUAAUUCUAAAUAUGCUGUCGUAUUGGAUAUUUUAGAAAGAUGGAAGAAUGAUUAUUUGCUUGAUAUUCAUUUGCAUUGUCAUGUUGAGACACUUUAUGACGAGAUUAGGAAGAAGGCGUUAGUACAAUAUUUCAGUCCAUUUCUUACUAUUGAUAUGAACAAAAUGGCCAAAUCUUUUGUGACUAAUGUUACAAGGUUAGAAAAAGAACUUGCCAAAUUAAUUACCGAGAACAAGAUUCAAGCAAGAAUAGAUAGUCAUAAAAAGAUUUUGUGUGCUAAACAACAAGAUCAACGAAGUGGAAUAUUUUAUAAAUCUUUGAAAAUGGGUAAAGAAUUUGAAGAAAGCACCAAUGCAAUGUUACUUCGUAUGAAUUUAUUGAAAGCAAAUCUUGUCAUACAAACUAAUCACCACCAUCACAAGUAA